GUGGGGUGCUGUGGGCUAAGCUCCUCCCUUUAUAGAGAUGUUUUCCCCUCUGAAAUUCUUGGCCAGAUAUAGGCAGAGGUUUAUGCUCAAUUGUUCUUAAGCUUGGAUCUCAAAGGACAUCUGGUCCUCUCUCCUGGAUCUCUUUCACGGCAGCUGGUUGGCGAACAAAAGUGUUUUCCUUCAAGAAGAGAUUUUUUUUUUUAUUUUUUACCUCUGUGCCUAAUUCAUCAACAUGCAGCUUCUGGUGGGUCUCGUCUUCUUCUCCGUCCUCUUGAUUACAGGUAGUUCCUUGAUGUGUGAAUAUUGUACCUCACAAUCUUCAGAUUGUUCUGGUUCGAAGCAAGAAUGUUCUCUUAAGAAUGCUGUCUGCAUGACUUUGACGACUGAAGUUAGCGCAGGACCCCAGAAAAUCCAAGCGACUGUCAAAGGUUGCACUCCAGAAGACACUUGCAAGGGUUUUGAAAAUCUGAAAGGGAAGUCUGUCACAAGCCAACACCCCGAUGGUCCAGCUGUACCAGUUGGAGCUGUCAUUAAACAAGCUGUCUGCAGCAAAGCCUCUCCCUCCUUUGCAUCGUUCUUCCCAGCAUUCCUUGGGCUCCUCCUGAUGAAGCUUCUCUUCUAAAGCUCUUCCUUCCACUCAAGAAGUUGUCCCCUUUUCUUGGCCUGUACAUCUCCUCAAGCUGAUCAGGCGGGCUCUUUGAUGUUAUGCAUAGGUCUCCAUAUUUGCCUAAAUAGAGACCAGUUCAGCAGACAAAUAUAUAAUCAGCCAAGUGGAACCCAGUUAAGCAGACAAAUAUAUAAUCAGCAGCCUUGAAUGUGUGUUUGAAGAAAAAAAAAUGGUGUAAUUCAAAUAAUGAAAACAAUAAAAAAUAAAUAAUU